GCAAUCAAACAGACAAUUAGUUUUACACUAUUUUUGUAAAUGAAUUGUUAUUGAAAUUAAUUGUGAAAUUAAUGUUUAAUUAAUUUUUUUACUAAACGUUUGAUUUAAUCGCUGAACACAAAGCGAAACACAAUUUGUAUUGUAUAUCAAAGUGUUUGUCAUAUAUUUUAUAUCUCGUUGUUUAUCAUUGUUUUUAUUGUCUUUGUAUGGAUUGGAGACCAUUGAUGAAAAUGUUGACAAAGUUAACCAUUACUGUAGUCCUAAUUGUUUAUAUCAUAUCCACGUUUUUCGUACUCUUUCUCAACCAUUUGAACACUGAUAACGACUUCCGGCCAUUGGAUGACAACUCACUGGACGCCACACUCACCGCUCGUCAGCGAUACCCGUCGGCACUCCGGCAGCCAGUCAUUGACCCCAAAGACGAUCGCAUUACCAUCGAUGGCCAGAUGAGACACACGUUUUGGUUUUUACAGAUCUCCGACCUUCACCUCAGCAUUCAUUUUGAUCCAAAACGAGCGCCAGAUUUGGAGAAGUUUUGCGAGGAAUACAUUGAUAUCAUUAAACCGUCGGUAGUGUUGGCCACCGGAGACCUGACAGACGCCCGAACCAAGAGUCCAAUGGGUUCGCGAGUCCACGAAGAAGAAUGGGUUAUGUAUUGGAAUGCAUUGAAUAAGACUAAAGUCGGCUCCAGAACUGUAUGGCUCGACAUCAAAGGCAAUCACGAUAAUUUCAAUGUCUACGACUGGAGUCAUCGGAACAACUUCUUUAAGAAGUACUCGAUUAGAGGCCCGAAUAACACGCGCUCUUAUAAACACAGUGUCAGACACGACACGGAAACCUAUAGUUUCAUUGGUGUCGACGCCUGUUUGGAUCCGUCGCCCAAAAGACCCUUCAAUUUCAUUGGUCUGCUUCGGGACAAAGACAUUGAGCGCAUCAAACAGAUGAAAGCGGACGCACAGCUCGAGCGCAGCAAUUAUACCAUUUGGUUCGGACACUACCCGACCUCAUCCAUAGCGAUGCCCAGUCCCGGCCUCAGAGAGCUUAUUAAGUGA